AUGUUUUUAUUUUACCUUUAUAUUAAAAUAGGUUUAUUUAGUAAACCUACGUAUUUGUUUAUUGUUAUGUUCAAAAUAUUUUUUAAAUUUUUUAGUUCAAAAAUUAUGCCACCUAAAUCUACACCAGCUCCUCAAAAAGUUAUAAAGGGUGGAAAAGGAAUUAAAUUAUCUGACAAUGCUUUUAGUGAAGAAAGUGAGCAUUCAGAUUUCUCUGAUUCUGAAGUAACUAUUGAAUAUGAAUCCGACAAUUCUGAACAUCUUCAUGCUACGAUUAAUGAUAACAAAUCUCCUUCAAAAGAAAAAGAAAUAGCUCAAAAGGAAAAAUCUACUAGUAAGUCCAUUGAAAAAGAAAUAAUUAAAAGAAGCUGUACUAAUUGUAAAAAUAAAGGAUUCCCAUCUGAAACCUACAAUAGUCACAUUUCCUCGAAUAAAAAUUGUCCUUGUAAAAGCUUACAAAGUCCUGAAAUAGUUUCAAGCAGACCCGACUUAAACGAUAAUUCUAAUAAGGAAAAGACUGUUGAAGAAAUUGAUCAAAAAAUAGAAAAAUUUUUUAUAGAAAGUGAACAAUUUCAAAUUUCAGAUAAAGAAAAAGAAUUACGAAAAAUACAAGAGAAGGAAAAGGAGGUUGGAAUAAAAGUAGUAAAUUCUAUAUUAAACAAGCGUACGGAAGAUGACGUUAAAGAAAAGAUGAUCUUACCAAAAAUUCCCAAAAGAAAGUUGCCAAUAUCUGAAGAAAUAUUUUACAAUUCUCCUGUUCAAAUUAUUGUUCCCAAAAAAUGA